AUGGCUCAGCAGACUGUGGCAGUCAUCGGGGCAGGGUCCUCGGGCCUGUCGAUGCUCAAGACCCUGCGCGAGGAUGGCUUCAAGGUCACUCUGUAUGAACGGCGGACCGAGGUCGGCGGCUUGUGGGCAUACACAGACGAUAAGAACAUGACGACGGCACUGCGAUCGACGAGGGCCAACAUCAGCAAGUACACAUGCGGCAUGUCGGAUUUUCCAAUGCCUGACAAAUAUUCCACCCACAUGGACACGUGGGAGUUCCAGGAGUACAUGGAGUCAUACGCCCAGCACUUUGACCUGCACAAGGACAUUGUGUUUGGCGCAUGGGUCAAGAAGGCCAUCCGCAACGACACCGACACCAAGUGGCGGCUUGAGUUUGAGAUUGAUGGCAAGCUAGAGACCCAAGAGUUCGACAAGGUCGCGUUCUGCCACGGCUACCAGACCAAGCCGAACCGUCGCCAGAUUGAAGGGUCCGAGGCAUUUGAAGGCACUCAAAUCCAUGCCCAGCAGUACCGAUCUCCCGAAGACUUCCGCGACAAGAAGGUCGUCAUUCUCGGCCUGGGUCCAACAGCGGCAGACAUCAUCGCCGAGCUCGUCCCCGUGGCCGCCAAGGUCUACACCUCCCACCGCCGGGGAGCCUUCAUGUUCCCUCGGUUUCGCAACGGGACGCCUACGGACCUCAUCAUCAACUGGCAGCGGCGACAGACGGGCUUCGUCAUGCAGCGCUGGUUCCCCAAUCUGACCCGGCGGCUCGGCGAUAUGGCCCUCACGUACAUGAUGCACCAGCAGUACGGCAAGUUCGACCCGGCCUGGCGCCUCGAGCCUUUUCCGAGUCUCUCGCUUUCCCUUGCCGGGACCAGCGACGUGGUUUUGCCGUUCCUCCGAGACGGCACCCUGGUCACGGUGCCCGCAGUCAAGCGCUUCUCUGGACCAAAGACGCUCGAGUUCGUCGACGGCACGACCCUCGACGAUGUCGAUGCUGUCAUCUACGCGACGGGGUACAGUGCCGACUUCACCGUGACGCCCUGGCUCGAGACAUCCCGCCCGCCGCUUUCCGCGGGGGAGUAUGGAGGCGGGGACCUCGUGCGCAUGUACAUGAACAUGUUCCCGCCAGCGUACGCCGACUCGAUGGUGCUCCUGUGCCACUCGGCCUUUGGCAAGAACAACGGCUUCUCCUUCUCCGACGUGACCUCGAUGGCCGUGAGCAACGUCUGGCGGGGCGUGCACCCGCUGCCCUCGCGGGGGGAGAUGGAGCGGCACAUUGACGCGCACCAUGCGUGGGUGGCGAGCCGGUGGCGGCUGGAUCACCAGAUCAACACGUCCAUGGUCAAGAACUACGAGUUCCAGGGGUUCCUGCACGAGGCGGCCGGCACGGGGAUGAAGGAGAAUCUCGGCUGGGGCCUGCAAGGGUGGAAGUUCUGGUGGAAGGACCGCGAGCUGUCGUGGCUGAUGAAUCAUGGUGUCGAGACUGCGCACGCGUUCAGGGUGUUUGAGACGGGCAAGAGGAAGACGUGGCCAGGGGCGAGGGAGGCAAUUAUCCAUGCGAACGAGGUGACAAAGAUCUUUCCGCUCAAGGGGGAGUCUAUUAAGGCAAAGUGA